GGGCUGCUCCAGAAGUCUGCCUUGCUCCAGCUCUCAGGGACAGCAGGAGGUUGCUGAGUCAGGGUGAGUUUCCCAGACAAGCUGUGACUGAAAGAACGAUGGCUUUGGAAGGUGGAAUUCAGGCUGAGGACGCUGGCAUUCCCCUCAGUGAGCUCUCCGUGUGUGCAGUGUCCACAGGGGCAAACUAAGAGCCACAGUCCUGGUCCCAACCUACCUUGAAGACGUACUUCCUCAUAAAAGGUCUCUCUCACCUGCAUGAGACAGUUUCUCCAAGCACAGGAAAAGCAGUUGGGCAAUUAUGGAGCAGGACAAUGGCACCACCCAGGCACAAGGCUUGCCGCCCACCACAUGCGUCUACCGUGAAGAUUUCAAGCGACUGCUGCUAACCCCAGUAUACUCAGUGGUACUGGUGGUCGGCCUGCCGCUGAACAUUUGUGUCAUCGCCCAGAUCUGUGCAUCUCGACGGACCCUGACCCGGUCAGCCGUGUACACCCUGAACCUGGCACUGGCAGACCUGCUGUAUGCCUGCUCACUGCCCCUACUCAUUUAUAACUAUGCCAGAGGGGACCACUGGCCCUUUGGAGACCUGGCCUGCCGCCUUGUACGCUUCCUCUUCUAUGCCAAUCUACAUGGUAGCAUCCUGUUCCUCACCUGCAUUAGCUUCCAGCGCUACCUGGGUAUCUGCCAUCCUCUGGCACCCUGGCACAAGCGUGGGGGUCGCCGUGCUGCCUGGGUGGUUUGUGGAGCCGUGUGGCUGGCUGUGAUAACUCAGUGUCUGCCCACAGCAGUUUUUGCUGCCACAGGCAUCCAGCGCAACCGCACUGUCUGCUAUGACCUGAGCCCACCCAUUCUGUCUGCCCGCUAUCUGCCCUACGGGAUGGCUCUCACGGUCAUUGGCUUCUUGCUACCCUUCACAGCCUUACUGGCCUGCUACUGUCGCAUGGCCCGCCGCCUAUGCCGCCAGGAUGGCCCAGCAGGACCUGUGGCCCAAGAGCGGCGCAGCAAGGCGGCACGUAUGGCCGUGGUGGUGGCAGCUGUCUUUGCCAUCAGCUUCCUGCCUUUCCACAUCACCAAGACAGCCUACUUAGCUGUGCGGUCCACACCCGGUGUCUCCUGCCCUGUACUGGAGACCUUCGCUGCUGCCUACAAAGGCACUCGGCCCUUUGCCAGUGUCAACAGUGUACUGGACCCCAUCCUCUUUUACUUCACACAGCAGAAGUUCCGGCGGCAGCCCCAUGAACUCCUGCAGAAGCUCACAGCCAAGUGGCAGAGGCAGAGAGUCUGAGGCCUCAGGGCAGACCCUGAGGUAUUGGUAGCUGUGUAUUUGCCAUUGGGGCCAUGGUGCCAGAAGCUUCCCCCACAACCCCAGACCAUACAGAGAAGAAAAGCUUGGUUCAACAGGCCUGGGCCUGGGCCUGGCCCUCAAGAAGUUCUAUCUAUGCCAACCACAAAGCUAAGACACCUACGUUUCGGGACUGGUCGAUUCAUGCUUGUUAUCCCAGAACUCAGGAUGUUAUGAUAGGAUUACAAGCUCCAGGCCAGCCUGGCCUGCAUGGUGAAACCCUGUCUCAGACAAUCCAGAGUUGGGGUUAUAGCUCAGUAGCACAUGCCUAGAGUGUGCUAGCCCUGGGUUCAAUCCCUGUGAAAUUCAACAAAGGUCUUCUCCCCCAACCUUUCUUGUUUACAACGUGGAGGGGAAUGCUGGUGCAGGAUCAUGAACAUGAAGCAAGGUCUUGCUCCCUGGGACCCACUUCUUACAAGGAGUAAGAAGCUGGGGGAAGCUCAUGGUCCCAUUCAUUUGCUAAGACUUUUGCAUAAGAGAGAUAAAUAAAUGUGAUUUUUGUGGG